UCCAUCAGUCUCUCACUAUCUCACUCUCUCUCACUUUCUACUUUCCUCUCUCACUCUUCCCACAUCUCGUCACCAUGUCUGGGAUCCAGCAGGCCAUGUCUCUCCUCAUCGCCUCCUUCCACAAGUACUCUGGGAAGGAGGGGGACAAGCUGACCCUCAGCAAGGUUGAGCUGAAAGAGCUGCUCCAGGCUGAACUAGGGGAGAUGCUGGGGAAAGCCAGUGACAAGACAGCAGUGGACAGAAUCUUCAAGGACCUGGACUCUAACAAAGACAACACUGUUGACUUCAAGGAGUAUGUCACCCUCGUGUCCUGCCUCACAGUGAUGUGCAAUGACUUCUUCGUAAAGAAGUAGAGCACUUUCGCCACCUGGCGGCCGUCGUGCAAAACUGCAGGAGGAGACUUCCAUUUUCUCUCCACUAAACAGAGAUUUCACGGGGGAGGGAGAUACACUUGGAGGACAAUGACAUGCAAACACAGUGAAGCAGUGUAGAGUAGUAAUAUUACAGUAAUAGGUAAUAGUCAGGUUGAAUCUGUGAAUGUGUCCUUGUAAUGCAAAUCCAUUGAUCAACAAAUUAGAUCAAUAAACAAUUUAGAUGAGUAUGUUCAGCC